AUGCGGCGUCGGCUCUGGCGCCGAGCGCGAGACUCUGCGCAGGCGAAGGCGAAGAAACAGAGACAGGAGCGGCAGAACAAGGGAGCCUUCGUCUUCUUCGCUUCCGACGCUGCUCCGGGCAACGCCUGGUGGGAGGGUGUUAGCGAGCCUGGCCUUGCGAACGAGACACUUGCGCCUGUGCUCUCCAACUACAGGCCAGGACUCGUGGCGCGACUUGCUCGGCCUCUCCUUCUCGCGCUCUUCUGCUACCCCGUGAUAGGCAUGCUUCUGCGCAUCGUCCGAACCUUGCCGAAGGUACGCACCAUCAUUCUCGCAGCUCUCUUGAGUGUCCUGCUCUUUGACUGGCUCGGCGUGAUUCUCUUUGCGGGCACGAGCGGCCAUGACGAAUUCCACUCGUUCCAGAGCGGCUGCAUUUCUCUCCUCCUCGUCGUCACAACCGUCAGGCUCCCCCAGGUCCUCCUCCGAGGCUACACCGUCCACGAGGUGGCCGUUCUCUUCAUUGUCGUCUUCUACCUCCUCACCGCCGUCCUCCUCGGUCUCUUUGCCGCCGCAUUUUACACCGCCUACCGUGACGGAGACAUUGCCGAUAGUCGCAAGCAACUCGCUCUCUCUGCGCGCUACCUCAGUCGCGCCUUUGAUCUUCUUCUGGCGUCACAAGAGGAGCGGACAGCCGCCUCCGUUUCUUCUGCUUCCAGCUGCGUCGCUGUGGAGAGUUCACACUCGCGGCAGGCUGCCGGCGCAGAAAGGGCCGGAGAAGAGCGCGGGAAGCCAGAAGCGAGCGUCGCCUUCGAGGCGUGGAGGGAAUUCUAUGUGCACUAUGCGGCGCUGUCCGGCCGGCCUCAGUGCGCAUCUGCCAAUCGCGGGAAAGUCCUUGAUUUUUGCGAAGGUCCAGAGACGAAGCAGGAAGGAUCCAGACAGUGUGGAGGGGGCCAUGCGCCGCCUUCGCCCCUAGCACUGUCUCUCUCGUCCUCCCUCGUCGCUUCCCAGCUCCUUCCACCUUUUCUCCGGUUGCUGUCCUCGCCCUCGUCGGACUCGGCGAUUGCAGGCGACGUGGAAGAGAGCGAAAGGGAGACAGACAGAACGAAGGGAAAGCAGCACGAGACCGCGGAAGAGACGGGAUUACUGGAUCCCGAAUCGCCUGCGGGCUGUGUGGGAGACAGAGAAAACCCGAGCGCAGCCCCGUCUCCCUCGUCAUCGCCUUCCCGUCUCUCCGUCUCACUCUCGCCGUGUCGAUCAGAGCCAAGCGAGAACAGUCGACAAGACGUGGCUUCAACCCGGCAAACCCUCUCUUCUGUCUCCUCGCUUCUUCCUCGCUCUUCCCUCUCGCCGUCUCCCUUUGCUGCCUCUCAGGGAAGACUGGCGCGAACAGGCACCGCAACGACCCUGCAAGUAUCGGACGAGAGCGUCAGCAGUCGAGAGAAGAGGGCAACAAGCAAAGAAGGAGAAGGAGAAGAAGAAGGAGAAGGAGAUGCGGUGGGUCUGUUGUCGGGUAGACAGGGCAGAGGAGAGGAAGAGCUGGACGCCAACGAGGAGCACUGCGUGGAGAGGGUUAGCGUUGACGCACCCACGUGGCGGUUCGCCCUGCCGUUCCUUUUCGUAAAGCGAGUGGUCGGAGGAAACCGCGCGGGAAAUGAAUUCCCCAAGUCAGGACGGCGAAGACAUGCUUCGAAGCGCCCAGGCCCGCAAACGCAUGCCAUCGCGGACGGGGAGGAAGAUGUCGAACUUUUUUUUCUCCUCCAGAGAGGCGAAGCGCAGAGCGCAUCCCGGCACCGUCUUGCGAAGAGCCAGUUUGUGCAGUUCGUCUCCACCCUGGCGGCAUACGAUGCAGUCAAGCAGAAAGAAGAGCAACGCCUCUGGCAGUCGGACUCCUGCCGAUUCGCUGUGCAUCGGAGGCUCUUGAACGUCAUCGCGGACGUGUGUGUUGUCGCCUCACUCAUUCUGACAUACAUGCAGACUCGCAAGUUCAUCAGGAAGGCCUCGACGCUGAGCGGAGAAGAAAUCGAGUCUUCGCCUGUCGACCUUGCAGAAGGCCUGCCGGCAUCCUGUUUCGGCUCCGUCGCAGGUGCUUACUGGAUCCAGAAUGCGUUGAGCUUUGUCUACUUGGUUUCCGUCGUUGUUCGGAUUCGCCUCACCUCGUCCAUGCAGAGGUACACCGGCUUCAGUCUGCGCGAACGAUUCGACAUCGUUGUCGGAGGCGGGGUCAUGGUGCUCGAGUUGGCGUGCCUCUGGGCAGGGAGCGCGUCUGCCUUCCAUCCCUUAUGCACCACAGAGACGUUCGAUGACCUCUCACGCUGUCUGGCUUUCAUUCGCGUCCUGAGAGGCAUUCGAAUCUGUUUCAGAAUCUCGCCUCUCCGAAAGAUGAUUGUCUCUUUGGUGGCCGCCGUGUCGGCCUUGGAGCCGGUGCUUCUGGUGCUGGUGGUCAUUUUCUGUGCCUACGGCACAGUCGGCAUGGAAUUGUUUGGUGGAAUCAUCAAGUGCGAUAUGGAGCAUCUGCCUCCGAAAGGCCCAGAUAUGGAGGACCCGACAGACUGGGGAGUUCUCAACUUCAACGACUUCUUCGCGUCCCUCGUCACGCUCUUUCUUCUCACUGUCAACGGGUGGGACGACUCACUGAAGGCCCUUGUGAAGCACACAUCCGUCUUCAGUUGUGGCGCGUACUUUGUAUCCUUUUACAUUCUAACGGACACCAUCAUCCUCAAUUUGUUAGUCGCUCUGGUACUCGAAGCCUACGACCAGGUGGCUUCGUCAACAAGCGGCAGUUCUUGGCGUCCUGUUCUGUAG